CUGUCAGCUCUCUGCUCAGACGGGCGGGAGCCAGGGCCCUGCUCGCUGCUCAUUGUCUGUGGCCCUGACCGGUGCGCCCCGGUGCCCAUAGUGCGGCCGGAGGGGCAGCCUCUUCUCGUCAUUGUAGUCAGCGCCGCAACUAUAAGAGGCGGUGCAGCCUUCAGUGGCCGCUCAGCCCACCAGCCAGGACAGCGAACCAUGCUGCCCGCCGCCCGCCUCCAGAAUUGUUAGAGCCAGACUGAGAACUCGCCUCUGUCGCCGCCGUCGCGUCCAGUCCCACCGUCGCGGGCAGCAGCCAAAGCCGCCACAACUGCAGCACAGAACCGGCCAGGCCAAGCAGGCCAUGGGGUUCUGGACGCUGCUGCCCAGCUGGGUUUCUGCUAUGUUGCUACUGGCACUGGCCGCUCUGCCCGCAGCCCUGGCCGCCAACAGCAGUGGCCGAUGGUGGGGCAUCGUAAAUGUAGCCUCCUCCACGAAUCUGCUGACGGACUCCAAGAGUCUGCAACUGGUGCUAGAGCCCAGUCUGCAGUUGCUGAGCCGCAAACAGCGGCGGCUGAUCCGCCAGAACCCGGGGAUCCUGCACAGCGUGAGCGGAGGGCUGCAGAGCGCAGUGCGCGAGUGCAAGUGGCAGUUCCGGAACCGCCGCUGGAACUGCCCUACUGCUCCCGGGCCCCACCUCUUCGGCAAAAUCGUCAACCGAGGCUGCCGGGAAACAGCGUUUAUUUUCGCCAUCACCUCCGCCGGGGUCACACAUUCGGUGGCGCGCUCCUGCUCCGAGGGCUCCAUCGAGUCUUGCACUUGUGACUACCGCCGGCGCGGCCCCGGGGGGCCCGACUGGCACUGGGGAGGUUGCAGCGACAACAUCGAUUUCGGCCGCCUCUUUGGCCGAGAGUUCGUGGACUCUGGGGAGAAGGGGCGGGACCUGCGCUUUCUCAUGAACCUGCACAACAACGAGGCUGGCCGCACGACCGUGUUCUCUGAGAUGCGCCAGGAGUGCAAGUGCCAUGGGAUGUCUGGCUCGUGCACCGUGCGCACGUGCUGGAUGCGGCUGCCCACGCUGCGUGCUGUCGGUGACGUGCUGCGCGACCGCUUCGACGGCGCCUCUCGAGUCCUCUAUGGCAACCGCGGUAGCAACCGCGCUUCCCGGGCCGAGCUGCUGCGCCUGGAGCCCGAAGACCCUGCGCACAAGCCGCCCUCCCCUCACGACCUCGUCUACUUCGAGAAAUCGCCCAACUUCUGCACGUACAGCGGACGCUUGGGUACGGCGGGCACGGCAGGGCGUGCUUGCAACAGCUCUUCUCCUGCGCUGGACGGCUGCGAGUUGCUCUGCUGUGGCCGGGGCCACCGCACGCGCACGCAGCGCGUCACUGAGCGUUGCAACUGCACCUUCCACUGGUGCUGCCACGUCAGCUGCCGCAACUGCACGCACACGCGCGUACUGCAUGAGUGUUUGUGAGGCGCUGCGUGAAGUCGGCAUCCUGGAAAC